CACGAAUGCACUGUCGCCAGUCAGAGAGCGGGAAAAGAGGAGAAUCCGGGCAGCAUCCUCUCAGUCAAUAGUGAACAUGUCGUAUUUGAGUAUUGGCAUGGGCAUCAUAACCGCUACUGCAUUCGCGGUGUUUUAUAUGCGAUUUGUUCCUGUGGAAGUCUCGGAGACUCCUUACUAUCACAUGAGCGUUGCGAUUACAGUCAUUGCUUCACUUCUUGAGUUGGCCUCUGAACCUAUUUUUGCCAUUAUACAGCAGUAUAUGUUGUACAGCAAGCGUGCAACUGUUGAGAUAAGUGCUGCCUUUUCAAAAAGCCUGGUCACUUGCGGAACAUUCAUUUGGGCUGUGCAAAAUGGCCAUACUCUUGGUGUGCUCCCAUUUGCGCUGGGACACCUGUCCCACGCUCUCAUAAUCUUUUGCGGCUACUUCAUCGUUGCAUUACGUCAAUCCAACAGUUUUCCUUUCUCCUUCCUGCUUUCCCGGAUAAGCCCAAGAUUUUCAAGGCGCUUGGUGACAUUGUCCGCAAAUGUUUUCUUUCAGUCAGUGGUAAAGCACUUGCUAACACAGGGUGACUCAAUGAUUCUUGCCACUAUGGCAGGCCUACAGGAUCAAGGCAUAUACGCGCUAGCAUCCAACUAUGGCGGUUUACUGGCUCGUGUUUUUUUUCAGCCUAUCGAAGAGAGCAGUAGGCUUAUCUUCUCAUCACUCCUCAGCAGCGGCGAGAGCAAGGAUCUGGUGGCCAACGUUACCAUUGCCAAGGACCACUUGCUGAAUGUGAUGAGAGGAUACAUGAUGCUAGCAGUCCUGAUAACCCCCCUAGGCCCUACUUUGGCCCCAAAGGCGCUCCAUAUCUUGGGUGGACGACGGUGGACAGCGCCAGAGGCGAAGCCUUUGUCUCCUCGGCUGCAAAUCCAGUGGAACUCCGAAGGCAAGCUGCGUGGAUGGGAGUGUUUUCGGCAUGCUUUACCAUAG